AUGGCAGCAACAGACCACAAUAAGCACGGGUUAUUCUCACACCAACCCCACGGUUCAAAUUAUUCGGACAACCAUAAACAUUUUCACGCCAACUCAUCAGCGCCCGCUGGCUUUCACCUGCCACACCACGCCUCAACGACACCAAAUCUAAGCAAGGUUGACUCGAUAUCCGACGAUGAGCCAACAUUCCCGCCACACCCACCACAACAACACCAACGAUCGCGUCACAACAGUCAUACUGCCCAUGAUCACCCAGAACGCUCUCACACCAUACCCUUCCCUCACCCUCACCUCGAAAACUAUGUCUCGCACCACCAGCGUGAAAUGAGCUUCGGCCACGAUUCACGCCACGCGAAACACGAUGCCGCGAGAGAGCACACUUCCUCACCAAUGCCAAGCUACGUGCAGGAGCCCAAGAUCAUGAGUGAAGCGGAAGAGAUUGCGCUCUUCGCAGAGCAAGAGAGGGAGCGUAAGCGGAGAGAGGAGCAGGCAGCGCAGGACAAGAAGAGCUGGGAGGAGGUGCUGCGACGGAGAGAGCGGGCGAGGCGGACAAGUGGUGCUUUUGAUGAUAGGAAGGCUUGGAAUGCUUCGCAAAGGGACUGA